AUGGAUCAGUCUUCGGGGCCAUCAUGGCCACGACACACCUUUCUUUUUCUUGCUUGCUGUCUGAUAGGGAUCUCGCUUGCCCAGAAAGACCCAACUGACAACUUCUGUCGAAGAUUCGGUCAACAGACUGCUGUGGUGGAUAGGAAACUUUACAUCGAUGGAGGCAUCAUCAACUAUCAACCGCCUAGGGAGAACUUCACAAAUACAUUCUUCACAUACAAUGACCUCGACAGCAUCUCUGAUGGUGAUAUGCCCGAAUUCCACACCGGCCUUUCCAAGAACGGAUCGAUACCGAGUGUCGAAGGCGGUAUCCUGUGGGAAGACUCAAUCAACAAACGACUUUACCUCUACGGCGGCGACUUCGAAGACGGGCCCACAGAACCCUUCAACCUGUACAGCUACGACAUCCUCUACGACGAAUGGCACACCUACGGCUCUCCUCCGAAUUCAGUCAAGGCUGCCAGUUACGGUGCUGGGGUAUCCAUACCAUCGAGAGGCGAGGCAUACUAUUACGGCGGAUGGCUCAGUGAUAAGUCUGUUCAAGACUGGCAAGGAGAAAAAGUGGCGUCAAGCGGGCUGAUCAAGUACACGAUGGACUCGAAUAAAUGGAGUAACGUCACCGGCCCCGACGAUACCGGAAGAGCUGAGGGCGUCAUGGUCUUCCUCCCCGUUGGAGACGAUGGAAUGCUUGUAUACUUUGGAGGCGGUCAGGACUUGAAUGGGACUGGGACGCUUAAGCCUCAACCCAUGGACGAGAUCUUGCUAUACGACGUGGCGAACGCAAGAUGGUAUACUCAAAAGACAUCUGGCGACGCACCUAAUGAUAGACGGCGAUUUUGUGGCGGCGCGACAUGGGCUCAAGAUCGAUCAAGUUACAAUAUUUACAUCUUUGGUGGUCGAGGUUUCCCUCCCCACGAGACUGGUUACGACGACAUCUAUAUCCUCACCAUUCCAAGCUUCCAAUGGAUUCGCGGACCUUAUCCGGGCUACGAAAACGGAACUGGAACAUAUCCCAAGAGUAUGAUGAGCUGCAACGUGAUCGACAACACCCAGAUGCUCGUCAUUGGUGGCAGCUACGCAAAUGCCACAGAGAAAGAAUGCGAUGUGCCAUCUAUUCAGGGUGUACACAACAUGAACUUGGGCAAACAGAACGAUGAAGACGCCAUUUGGGCUCGAUACCAGGAUGACCUGACAACGUACGAAGUACCAGUUGACAUUAGAAAAUCCAUUGGAGGCAGUGCCAAAGGUGGUGCGAGCGAGACGACGCCCAUCAGCGGAUUUAAUGACCCUGAUUUGGAAGUUCUCAUGACACGCACAGCUCAGUCGGGCACGAGAAGUGCGACACGAGCAACUUCAACGAGCACCAAAACUGCUGCUCCAUCUGCCUCCGACGAACCAUCAUCCUCAUCUCUCAGCACUGGAGCCAUAGCAGGGAUAGCGGUCGGGUGCAGUGUAGCCUCCAUCCUGGCACUUCUAGGCUGCGGACUUCUCAUUUAUCGCCGACGGAAGCACUACAGCGGACCUCGCGGCGUGGCGGCGCCACCGCCGCAAGGUGAGACGGCAAUGGCGCACAAUCCCAUAAGCCCUGGUCAAUCAACUUCUCCUGGUGGCUGGGACCCGAACCAUGUAUCUUCGCCUGCAGGCACGACUCCGUCUCACGGCGUUGCCUCAGUUGUAUGGCCUGCUCGUAAUCGCUCUGCAUCGGAGCUGACGGGCCAUCCUGAUUUGAAGAGGAAUGAAAGACCUGUUGAGCUGCCUGCUGACGUGAAUAUGCACGAUAUGCAUCACAGUGAACUUUCACCCAUGUCGAACGCGUCACCGCCACAGAGUGAGUGGUCGCACCGGUAUUAA